AUGACGGCACUGGCGACGAGCUCCGACGGGCUCGGGCUCGUGUCUGAGGGCAAGGAGCUGGCACUCGCGCAGCUACCCGAGCGGAACCCGGAGAGAUGGCAGCUAGCGCUACUGAUCUACCCGUCGGCGGUACGGCAGUUGCAUCUUGGUGACGGAGCGGUGGUCGAGGACCUGGAGCGGGUGCGGAGCAUCGUGCAUAGCUUGCAGCGGGGCAGAACCACCCUCAACAGGGUGUAUGCGCACGACUGGGAUGAGGGCGACUUUGCGCUGUUUUACAGCCGCGGGACGCUGCAUUUUCUCGUGGGCGCGUUUGUUGAGGAUGAGGUCAGGCUGUUCCGGCAGUGUAAUGUCGUCGCGAGUGAGUUCCCUGUCGGACCACUGCCUGAGGGGACGGUGGCUGCGUAG